UCUAGGCAGUCCAAGAUGGCGGCGCGCUGGAGCAGCGAGAAUGUUGUGGUGGAGUUCCGGGAUUCGCAGGCGACUGCAAUGUCUGUGGACUGUCUUGGGCAACAUGCAGUACUUUCUGGGCGCCGCUUCCUGUAUAUCGUUAACCUAGAUGUGCCAGCAGAAGGCCACCGCAAGAUCUCUCGCCAGAGCAAGUGGGACAUCGGCGCCGUGCAGUGGAAUCCACACGACAGCCAUGCACACUACUUCGCUGCUUCGAGCAAUCAGCGCGUUGACCUGUAUAAAUGGAAAGAUGGGCAUGGGGAAGCUGGCACUUCCUUGCAAGGGCACACACGCGUCAUCAGUGACUUGGACUGGGCCGUGUUUGAGCCAGAUCUCCUCGUUACCAGUUCGGUUGACACGUACAUCUACAUUUGGGACAUCAAGGACACUCGAAAGCCCACUGUCUCACUCUCUGCAGUUGCUGGAGCUUCCCAGGUCAAGUGGAAUAAGAAAAACGCCAACUGCUUGGCAACCAGCCAUGAUGGAGAUGUACGCAUUUGGGACAAGCGGAAACCUGGCACCGCCGUGGAGUACCUGGCAGCCCACCUCUCCAAAAUCCACGGCCUGGACUGGCACCCAGAUAAUGAGAACAUCUUGGCCACAUCUAGCCAGGACAACUCCGUCAGGUUCUGGGACUACCGACAGCCCCGAAAAUACCUCAACAUCUUGCCUUGCCAGGUUCCAGUCUGGAAGGCCAGAUAUACGCCUUUCAGCAAUGGGCUGGUGACUGUGAUGGUCCCCCAGCUACGACGGGAGAACAGUCUUCUGCUCUGGAAUAUCUUUGACCUGAACACGCCCGUUCACACCUUCGUAGGGCACGAUGACGUGGUGCUAGAAUUCCAGUGGCGGAAGCAGAAAGAAGGCUCCAAGGACUACCAGCUGGUCACGUGGUCUCGAGAUCAGACACUGCGGAUGUGGCGUGUCGAUUGCCAGUUGCAGAGGCUGUGCUCCAAUGACCUCCUGGAUGGGGUGGAGGAGCUCAUCGAUGGGAUUUCUCUCCUGCCAGAGCCAGACAAGCCUCUGCCCAUCCAAGACUCUGAGCCCCAGCAAAACCCCAACCACGGAGAGGAGGAAGCCCUGAAAGAAGAAUCCCAGCAUAGUCUCCUGGUGGGGAAGAAGCUGGACCAGUUGGGCCUUCCACAAACUCAAGGAGGGAAGAGGGAAUGCAGGCGCAGCGAACAAGCUGCAUCCCUGGCUGUCCUGAACCAACAGAGAUUUGUCAAGAUGGACGCCGUCAAUCGUAGCUGCACAGUUUCCGUGCACUGCAGCAACCACCGGGUCAAGAUGCUGGUGAUGUUCCCUGUGCAGUAUCCCAACAAUGCCGCUCCUUCCUUUCAGUUUGUCAAUCAGACAACCAUCCCCUCCACCAUGAAAGUCAAGCUGUUGAAGAUCUUGAAGGACACGUCCAUGCAGAAAGUGAAGCGGAACCAGUGCUGCCUGGAGCCAUGUCUGCGCCAGUUGGUUUCGUGCCUGGAGUCUGUUGUGAACCAAGAGGAUAACAAUUCCAGCAACCCCUACGCGCUCCCAAACUCAGUAACUCCUCCUUUGCCAACCUUUCCCAGAGUCUCCAAUGCUUAUGGCUCCUAUCAGGAUUCCAACAUCCCUUUCCCACGUACCUCUGGAGCCCGGUUCUGUGGGGCAGGGUACUUGGUGUACUUCACAAGGCCAAUGACGAUGCACCGAGCGGUCUCACCAACUGAACCAACCCCUCGGUCCCUGUCGGCGCUCUCUGCCUACCAUAACGGCCUCAUCACCCCCAUGAAGAUGCGUACGGAGACUCCCGGCAAACUGAUCUUGUAUGGUGGAAGCCCCACACGCAGCGAGAAGGAACAGGUCUCCAUCAGCUCCUUCUACUAUAAGGAAAGGAAAUCCAGGCGAUGGAAGAGCAAGCGAGAGGGCACAGAUGCCAGCAACCGGCCCAUCAAAGCUGCUGGGAAGGUGAUCAUUCAGGACAUCUCUUGCCUGCUCCCUGUCCACAAGUCGCUUGGGGAGAUGUAUAUACUGAAUGUGGCCGACAUUCAGGAGACAUGCCAGAAGAACGCUGCCUCAGCUGUGACAGUGGGGCGCAGGGAUCUUUUGCAGGUCUGGUCACUGGCCACAGUCGCAACUGACCUCUGUCUGGGCCCAAACUCCGACCCAGAUUUGGAGACCCCCUGGGCCCAGCACCCGUUUGGCCGCCAGCUCCUGGAAUCUCUGGUGGCUCACUAUUGCCAGCUCCACGACGUGCAGACCCUGGCCAUGCUGUGCAGCGUCUUCGAGGCUCAGUCCCGGCUCCAGGGAGCCCCAGUUUCUUCUGGACUCUUCCCUCCACGUUCCUCCAGCCACAGCCGAUAUCCCAGCUUUACCUCGUCAGGCUCCUGUUCCAGUAUGUCAGACCCUGGACUCAGCACUAGCAGCUGGAACUUAGCUGGCAAAGAGGUGGAGCACACGGCAGGCUGGUGUGAGUCUUCACCUGAUGACUUCCGCUUUGGCAACUUGGCAUAUGCUGACCACCGGGACCGCGAGAAGGAUCAGCACGACAGGAACAAAAGGCUCCUGGACCCCGCCAACACCCAGCAGUUCGAUGACUUCAAGAAGUGCUACGGGGAGAUCCUCUAUCGCUGGGGCCUGCGAGAGAAACGGGCUGAAGUCCUCAAGUUUGUCUCUUGUCCCCCCGAGCCUCACAAAGGGAUUGAGUUUGGGGUCUACUGCAGCCACUGCCGCAGCGAGGUGCGUGGCAUUCAGUGUGCCAUCUGCAAGGGCUUUGCGUUCCAGUGUGCCAUCUGCCACGUGGCCGUGAGGGGCUCCUCCAACUUCUGUCUGACCUGUGGGCAUGGAGGACACACCAGCCACAUGAUGGAAUGGUUCCGCACCCAGGAAGUGUGUCCCACCGGCUGCGGGUGCCACUGCUUGCUGGAGAACACCUUCUGAUGGAGCGUCCCCAGGGCCUGAUUAACAGCGUGCCAAGUCCGUGAUGGGGGUCACUCUCGGAAAGCAAAUAGGUUCACCGCCCUGCCCCCCCAGGUCAUUUCCGGGAGAGGUGAUGGGUCAAGCUUGGUUGCUGGUAGAGUUGUUUGAUCUCUAGCAGAAAGUCGGGCAAGUGGGCUGGUGGUCACUCCAGGGCUUCUUGCAAGCUCAUCUUAGGACUUCCUGCCUCGGCAGAGUCUUCCUACAGGGCAAAGAAGUCAUAUGCAAAGGACAAUCAUCAUAGGUCGGUAAGGUGAAAUAGUUCCAGAACCACAAAGGGAUCUCAGGUCUUGCGACUAGAGCUGGAGGAGUGGAGCAUGAAUGUUCUUGGGGUUCACUUGGUUGGAGACUUGGCAAAAAGCCUGCCACAGACUGGAAAUCAAAGGGGCCACAUUGUUUGGAUAGCUCCCCCCCCCGAACAGCCAUUCCUCAGCCUUGUAAAGUUCUUUACAAAGAGAAGGAUCCAAACUCCCAGAGAGAGUUUCCUAUGCAGAGAAAGACAACAGCCCUUUCGACAGUAUGAGUUGGAUUGAAUUGCUCCUUGUGAGUGGGACGGUGUUGGAAUAGGGUGUGAGAGCUGGACAGAAGUUCUCUGGGUGACGGAUUCCCACUUCAUUUGGGACUCAGCGGCAGCUUCAUUUUGGGACAUUGUUGAGCCAGAAUGAUUUGUUCCUCUUCCCCCUCCCCUCAAGGAAAAGAAGCAGCGGAGGGUUGUUCAUCGUGGCCAGGUCUUGCUUGGACAAGCCUGUUACGCUCCCUCCAGGAUUGCUGGAAAGAGUCAGCAGAGGUUUCAGUGAGAACAGAUUGAUUUUUUUUUAAAGCAGGUCUGCAAGGCAUGUGAAGGAGCCCUAACACUUGGAGAGAGAGGGGCGUGCAGUUUUUGUUUUGAGGCUCCAAUAUCAGGAUCUGUGAUGCUGAAUUGCAUUCCAGCCCAGGAGAGUGGGUGAAGAGUUGCCUCUCCUCAAAGGAAACGCCCAAAGAUCUUGGGGUGCAGUUGAGGGGGGGGG